CCGAAGCACCACAUCCAUCGGAUUGAACCUCCAAAUUAUACGAACCGUCUAUUACUUCAGGCGAUUGCAGCCACUCAUACCUCCCCGCCACUCCCCCUGUGCACAUUAACCUUCCCGGCGCACGUUAAUUCCUUCUUAGCUAGGCGAAAAACACUAUCACUCUCCCCUCUCUCUUUCCCUCUCUUUCUCUCUGCAGUCAAAAUGGAGUCUCGCGUGCUCAGCGGCGCCACCAUUCGCGGCCUAGCUCUUCCCCUCAAGCCAUCAGCUAGGCUCACCGGAAACUGCACUUUCCCCGCCCCGAAGCUCACAGGAAGAGUGAGCGACGGCGGGAACUUGAUAUGGGGAAGGCAGCUCCGACCGGCAAUAUUGCUCGAAGCUUCACCGGCCAGCGUGGCUUCUCCGGUGAUGAAGAGGGAGAGCAUUCAGCCGUGCUUAGCCACGGCGGAGGGCAGCGAUUCCGCCGGGGGAGCUAAGGUCGGGCUAUUAGAGAAAUAUCCGGCGCUCGUCACCGGAUUUUUCUUCUUCAUGUGGUACUUCCUGAACGUGAUAUUCAACAUUCUCAACAAGAAGAUCUACAAUUACUUCCCCUAUCCGUAUUUUGUAUCAGUUAUACAUUUAUUUGUUGGUGUUGUCUACUGUCUCGUAUCCUGGACUGUUGGCCUCCCUAAGCGCGCUCCAAUUGACGGGAACCUCCUGAAGUUGCUCAUCCCUGUUGCUGUGUGCCAUGCGCUAGGCCAUGUAACCAGUAACGUCUCUUUUGCUGCCGUUGCAGUAUCGUUUACUCACACUGUUAAAGCCCUGGAGCCUUUCUUCAAUGCUGCGGCAUCACAGUUCAUUCUUGGGCAACAGAUACCUUUGACGUUAUGGCUGUCUUUGGCACCAGUUGUUCUUGGUGUGUCGAUGGCAUCACUGACCGAAAUGUCCUUCAACUGGUUGGGCUUCAUUACUGCAAUGAUUUCCAACAUCUCCUUCACUUACAGGAGCAUAUACUCAAAGAAAGCUAUGACUGAUAUGGAUAGCACGAACUUGUAUGCCUACAUUUCAAUCAUUGCCCUUAUCGUGUGCCUCCCUCCUGCGAUUAUUAUCGAGGGACCUCAAUUGUUGAAGUCUGGUUUCAGUGAUGCGAUUGCAAAAGUGGGUAUGACAAAGUUCAUCACCGAUCUUUUCUGGGUUGGAAUGUUUUAUCACCUCUACAAUCAGCUGGCAACCAACACCCUUGAGAGAGUGGCACCUCUAACACAUGCAGUUGGGAAUGUGUUGAAACGUGUUUUCGUGAUUGGCUUCUCAAUCUUGGUCUUUGGUAACAAGAUUUCACUACAAACUGGUAUUGGCACUUCCAUUGCCAUUGCUGGAGUUGCUAUGUACUCUUUCAUAAAGGCCAAGAUGGAAGAAGAGAAACGACAAGGGAAAGUGGCAUAGACGCUGACCGAUGCAGGGAUGUAGAAGAAAUCUCAGGUGAAGUUGUAAUACUUACUAUAUAUCUCCGACAACAAACUGGCUGCCUGAGAAUUUCUUUUUGGCGUUGUGUAAUUAGUCAAUCAAUUUUCUUUUAUUCUACUUUCAAGUGUCAGUCUGUUUUUUCGGUUAUUGGAGAUGGCUGGAAUAAUAAUAUGACUCGUGGCGCGGUCAACAUUGUGAUCAGAAGCCCUGAGCUUUAUUGAUAUUAGAAUGUUGAGGAUGAAAUUUGUGAAUAGUCUAUUUUCGUGGGAACAGACUAUUGGAAGGGCCCUUUGAACC